CGCCACUCGGGACCGAGCGGGACGCGAUGGAGAACUACACCCGCAUUGCCAAGCUCGGGGAGGGAACGUAUGGCGUGGUGUACAAGGCGCAGAACAGACAAACCGGGCUUAUUGUUGCCCUCAAGCGGAUCCGGCUGGAUUCGGAGGAGCAGGGUGUGCCGUGCACGGCGAUCCGCGAGAUUGCGCUGCUGAAGGAGCUGAAGCAUCCGAACGUGGUAGAGCUCCUCGACGUGUUGCACUCGGACAAGAAGCUGACGCUUGUGUUCGAGUACCUGGAUCAGGACCUCAAAAAGUACAUGGACGGGAUCGGUGGAGGCAUCGAGCCGCACAUUGUCAAGACGUAUAUGUACCAGCUGCUGAAGGGCCUGGCGUUCUGCCACGAGCAUCGUGUCCUUCACCGCGAUCUCAAGCCGCAGAACCUGCUGACGUCGUCGCGGCACGAGCUGAAGCUUGCUGACUUUGGGCUAGCGCGGGCAUUUGGCCUUCCUGUGCGGUCGUACUCGACCGAGGUAGUGACGCUGUGGUACCGCGCGCCGGACGUGCUGCUCGGUUCGUCAACGUACUCGACGUCGAUCGACCUGUGGUCUGCCGGAUGCAUCUUUGCGGAGAUGGUCAACGGCUCGCCGCUGUUCCCGGGCACGUCUGUGGAGAACCAGUUGGAGCGAAUUUUCAACGUCGUCCCGCUGCCGCCGGAGGACAGCCUCGGUGAGGGUGUGGAGCUGCCUGUGGGGGUAGGCGAUGCGUGCGAGCCAGCGUCUGAGGCACCUGUGCUGGCGACGACGCUGGGCGAGGUGGUGCCUGGGCUUUCUGCCGAGGGCGUCGACCUGCUGGGCUUGCUGCUUGUGGCAGAUCCUGCGGGGCGGAUCACGGCGACGGACGCGCUAACGCAUCCGUACUUUGACAACGUGCUCGAUCCGUCGGCAUCGGACUCGUGCCUCGCGGGCGCGUCUGCCACCGACUGAGGGGGAAGGGUAGAGAGCUGUUACACUUUUCAUAUAUCAAGGACCAUGAGCAGGUGGCGGUUCGAGAGCGCAGCGUCAAACAGCUUGUUCCGCUUGGCCUCAAAGGCGCUCCAGCGCUCGCGCUCCUCGUCAUUGAGCGAGUCUGGCGAGCCAAAGGCGUGGACCAUGUCGAUGAGCUUGGCGUGCGCGGCCGUGUCGGCCUUGGCGCGGACGAGCAUGUUGGACAUGGUCUUUCGGGCGAGGGCGGCGGUGGUGAGAUGGGCCCGGCGCGGGUCGUAGGAAAAGAGAUAAAACGACUUGUUGGAGGA